AUGGGAGAAUAUGUUCAUGGGAUGACCUGGAAACGGUUCCAGUCUCUGCUGGAUCUCGUGGACAUAGAAUGGCACCAGAACCUGAGAAGUACCAGUCCAAUCAUCAACUCUGAACAACCUGCCAGCGACGAUCCCAAUGAUUGCUCCCAGCAGAUCGUUGCCCAUUGCUUCCAGCGGUUCAAGAGAAAGGACUUUCACCUGCCUGUGCGCCGCCGGCGCAUCUUCAUUUUGCCACAAAAGGAGGAUGCCAUGUCCCCCCCUCCAAAACCCCCACCCCAACCUCCCCCAGAGCCCAUUCGCUGCUAUGAAGAAAUUUUUAAGGUUACCCAGGAACAGCCAGAUGAUCUGAGUACCUGGGUGAAACAGAGGAUGCAUUUCAGGAGGGAACUUGAGACCUUAGGCGACCUCCAGAAGUGGCUGCUGAACAAGAAUGAGAUCACGGACCUAGAAGUCAAAGCCUUACACAAAUUUCAAACGGGGAGCCAGGUGUGGCUGAAGGAACACCAGAUGUUCAUGGCCCACAAGAAGAAAAAGCUCCGAACCCUGCACCAACCUUUGCCCCAGCUCCUGCUGCCCACACCCACCAUGCUGCACAAUCUCUUCUCCUUCCUGUACUUCCACAAGCUCAAGAUCCUAGAGAUCUUCAGCAGGAGUCACAUCAGCAGCAACCAUAAGAUCACCAGGGAGGAAUUUAUGCAUACCCUCAAGAAAGUGCAAUUCCCACUGAACCAGCAGGACAUGGAGGACAUGGUGAUCUACCUCAGCUCCCUGAGCAAAAAAAACAUCAUCACUCUGAACAACCUGGAGACCUGCUACAAGGAGUGGGUUGUGUCGAGGCGAAAAAACAGCCUGCUGAUGUCGAGAGAGUUUUAUGGCUUAGCCAAGCAGAAAGCCGCCUUGAAGGCAAAAACCCACCAGGAGUCCUCCCCCAGGAAGUACUGGCUGAUCACGCCCAAGGUGUCCACCUCGCACUCCAUGAGUUUGAAGAAAGUGAAGCAACAGCCAUACCACAAGAGAAAGCAACAGACCAAGAAAACAAAGCAGAGAUCCCCAGAUCACCUCAGCGUCCAGCAGGUCCCCAACCAUUGUCUGCCAUCCACCAUAGAGGGGGAGAUGAAGGACUUUAUCAACCAUUUCCGCCAGAAAAAUUUCCUGGUCUACCUGCAGUGCUGCAAAAUCUGUGAGUUGUACGACAUCCCACUCACCGAAGACCUUCUGGUGAAAGCCCUUCUGUACCCCGGGGAUAAGGUCAUCUCCCAGAAGGACCAAGAACACCACAUUCGGCAGCCAGGGGGCUACUACAAUGCAAAUAAAUGGGGCCAGAAAUAUGCAAGGACCAAGGAUAAGAUGAAGGACAAGCUGAGUACCACCCGGCCUUCUCCCCUGCCUCGGAAAAUGACCCAGAAAACUAAGGAAUUACCCUUUGAGGAGUUCGAGGUCUUCCUCAGUGAACUGAAGACCAAGAGAUCUGAUGUCACACAGCAAACGGACCCCAAUUUCUUCUGGCCCGGUCACCUGCUGGACAAACUGCAGCUUUAUCUGCCCACCAUGAAGAGGGACCGGAGCCUGGCCCUCUUCAGCUCUGUCUGCCCACAGCCCCCUGCCUACCCUGCCACCUACCACCCUGACCGGUGGUGGCCCAUUAAGAACAGGAACUACGUGACCUAUGCCAACUAUGAUGACAACAAAGUGUAUUACAUUGCCUAG